CAAUGUAGUAGCCGCUGCACGUGUAGCAUGCACAUGUGGGUAGCGACAUGCUUGUGUAACGAGAUAAUUGUAAAUGCCGGAUUAACGCAAGUUAAGUAGAAAAUAGUUUACACAUCAAAAUGUCCACGACGGAAGAUACAGUGCAGCACAGGACUCACAAGGAGCGCCAUGCAGGCCGUAAGGCAGAGAAAAAAAAGGCGAAGAAGGUACAUAUUCAAGAACUCACAGAUAAGCAGAAGAAUCCGAAAGCGUUCACGUUCAACUCUGCGAUUAAAGCGGAGAGAAAGUUCAGGCGUAGGCAGGAUAUCGAAACCAAGAAGCAACACAUACCUUUAGUUGAUAGAACACCCUUGGAACCACCACCGAUUUUGGUGGCUGUGGUAGGUCCACCGAAAGUGGGAAAGUCGCUGGUUAUUCAGUGUUUGAUCAAGAGCUAUGUCAAGCAACCGUUGACCAACAUACUCGGCCCAGUCACUGUUGUUUCUAGUAAGAAACGAAGAAUUACCUUCAUGGAAUGCAACAACGAUAUCAACAGCAUGAUAGACAUUGCCAAAGUGGCGGACUUGGUACUAUUGCUAGUGGAUGCUUCCUUCGGAUUUGAGAUGGAGAUCUUUGAGUUCCUGAAUAUAUGUCAGGUGCAUGGCAUGCCAAGAGUUAUGGGGGUCCUCACUCAUCUGGACUUGAUAAAAAAUGCAAAGCAAAUGAGAAAAAUCAAAAAGACGUUGAAGCAUCGUUUCUGGACAGAAGUGUAUGCUGGUGCAAAAUUGUUUUAUUUGUCUGGAUUGCUGCACGAGGAAUAUCUUCGUACAGAGAUAAAGAAUCUGGCACGGUUUAUAUCCGUAAUGAAAUUCAGGCCCUUGACUUGGCGCACCACUCAUCCUUACAUACUUGCUGAUAGAAUAGAAGACUUGACGCCUCCUGAGCUGAUCAGAAAGAAUCCUAAGGUCGACAGAACAAUCAGUUUGUACGGGUACGUGAGAGGAAUACCUUUGAACAAGGAGACGUCGAUUCAUAUACCAGGCUGUGGAGACAUGAAGAUCAAGGAUGUAAAUAACCUACCGGAUCCCUGUCCACUUCCAGAACACAUAAAGAAACGAGCUCUGAUUGAAAAGGAACGACUGAUUUACGCACCAUUUUCUGGUGUCGGUGGCAUAGUCUAUGACAAGGACGCAGUUUACGUCGAGCUGGGUGGUAGUCAUUCCUACAAGGAGGAGGAUACGGGAUUGGCUGGUGCGUUGAUAGACACGCAGAAGACGCUCGAUCAAAAAUUGCAGCACAGCGAGCUGCAACUGUUCAGCGACGCCGCACCGAUAAAAUCACAGGACGUGAAUGAAAGUAUAGCUCCUUACACGGGCGAAUUAGUAACGGAAAACGGAAGAAUUCGACGGAGAGUGAUAUUUAAGGACGAAAUAAACGCGGAAUCUGAAAAUGCUUUGGACAAAGACGACGAUGACGAACAGGCAGAAAGUGAAGGCAAUGAUGACGAUGAUGAAGUCAAUGAUGAUGAUGAUGAAGUUAGUGAUGACGAUGAUGAAGAUGAAUUGAGCGACGAAGAGACUUUGGAAGAAUCUAAAAGCGUCAAGAGAAAGAGCAUUGAGGAAAAUAAUGUACAAAAAAAAAAGAGGAAAACUUCUGUUGAUUCAAAUAUUGAAAAUGACGAUGCAGAUCUCGAUAAAUCUAGAUUAAGCGAUAAAAUGGAGAACAUUUCUCAAGAGAAUGCAGUAUAUCAUUCUUUAAGCAAAGAAUCAGAUAAAAUGAUAAAAAAUAAGAUCUCAGAAGCAUUGAGCUUUUUGGAAACAACAAAGAAAGGCUCAAAGCAAGAUACUGACGAUGAAAGUUUUGAUGAACUUAGCGAUGAAGACUCGCGCGCGGGAUUAGAGAUGGACGAUGCAGAUCGACUUAAUGAUUUCGAGAGAGAUGACGAAAUAGAAGAAGAAGAAGAAGAUGAUAAUGAUGAUGAUAUUGAAAUGGCCAAGAGCCAAAAGAAAGAAGCAAACGAAAACGAAGACAGCAAGAUGGACGAAAGUGAAGAGGAAGUCGCUGAUGAAUUAAAAUGGAAGAGAAAUUUAGCCGAAAAGGCGAGAGAAGCAUUUGUCAAUCGUCAGCAAAGCAAUAAAAACUUGAUGAAGUUGGUUUACGGCGUAUUCGAUAAAAGCAGGAUAACGGAAGAGAAAAAGGAGAAUGAGAAGGACACUGGCGAAAACAUCGGCGGAAUAUUCCGAGUGGUUCAAGAGCAGCAGAGGCAGAAGAUAGAGGAGCGAGAGCUGCAGAAUCAAGAGGAAUCCGUUUUCUUCACAACAGAGGGUCCGCGCGACUGGCUGGAGGAGGAGAACAAGGUGUUGCUGAUUAAUCGUUUCGUGACCGGCAAAUGGAAGGAAACGGAGGAUGCCGAGGAACUCUUGAAGCUCGACAAUGAGGAGUUGUACGGCGACUUCGAGGACCUGGAGACCGGUGAGAAGCACAAAGCGGAGGGCACGGCUCCUAAGGAACUGACGGCGGAUAAGGAGGAUGAGAGGAAGAAGCUCCUGGAGAAAAAGAAGAGAUUAAAGGAGCAUUUUGACGCGGAGUAUGACAAUACAGAGAAAAAGACGUAUUACGACGAGCUGAGGGCCGAGGUGGAGAAACAGGCGAGCAUCAACAAAUCAGAGUUUGAAGGGCUGGACGACGACGUCAGGAUCCAGCUGGAGGGCUACCGUCCCGGCAUGUACGUACGCGUGGAGAUCGAAACGGUGCCAUGCGAACUGAUAACGCACUUGGACCCGACGUAUCCGAUCAUCAUCGGCGGCUUGCUGCACGGCGAGGAAAACAUCGGCUACAUGCAAACGCGAAUCAAGAAACACCGAUGGUACUCGAGGAUCUUGAAGAGCCGCGACCCGCUCGUCUUUUCCGUCGGCUGGCGUAGGUUCCAGUCGCUGGCGAUCUACUCCAAGCUGGAGGACAAUCUGCGUCAUCGAAUGUUAAAGUAUACGCCGGAGCACGUGGCGUGUAUGGGCCACUUCUGGGGCCCGAUCACUCCGCAAGGCACCGGAAUCCUAGCGAUACAAGACGUCGCGAGCAGAGAGCAGGGCUUCCGCAUCGCGGCGACCGGCAGCAUCGUGGAGAUGGACAAGAGCACGCAGGUAGUGAAGAAGCUCAAGCUCACCGGCGUGCCAAUGAAGAUUUAUCGCAAGACCGCGUUCAUCAAGGAUAUGUUCAAUAGCGCGCUCGAGGUCGCCAAGUUUGAAGGCGCUCGGAUCAAGACGGUGUCAGGUAUUCGCGGUCAGAUCAAGAAGGCGGCCAGCAAGCCGGACGGCUGCUUCCGCGCCACGUUCGAGGACAAGAUAAUGCUGAGCGACAUAGUAUUUUGCAGAACGUGGUACAAAGUGGACGUACCGCGCUUCUACAAUCCGGUGAUAUCGUUACUGCUGCCGCCCGCAGAGAAGAAUCAAUGGCGCGGAAUGAAGACUACCGGACAGCUGAAGCGAGAGAGGAGUAUCCGUGCGGAAGCGGAGAAGGACUCGAUAUACACGCCGGUCGAGCGGGGCGUUAAAGUGUUCAGACCGCUGUUUAUUCCGCGCAAGUUGCAGAAGGAGCUCCCGUACAGGGACAAGCCUAAACUCCAGUCUGUGCCGCAUCUGCGUAAGCCCCAGUUCAAGCAGGGCAGAGUUGCCGUGGUGCGCGAGCCGCACGAAGAGAACGUCGCGCGUCUGAUGAGGAUGAUCAGAACGAACUACGCGCAUAAGCAGAAGCGGACGAAGGAGGCGAUGACGAAGAGAAUAACAGCGUAUCAGGCGCGAGUCCAGGAAGAAGAAGCUAAGAAUAUGAAGAAACAAAAGCAAGUGAAGAAGGAAGUGUUUAGAGACCUUAGUAAACUAGAAAAGAAAAAGAAUCGAUAAGGAGUCCGGAAAUCCUGAGACACACAACGUAAAUGUGAUCAGCGCAACAUGUAGUCAUCGUAAUAGAUUUGCGAGGGCAAACAUCACAAGCUUGAAAAAUUCUGGCCUAUAAACUGAAAAAUAAAAUUUUUUAGUUGCGCAUAUAAUUCACUUACUAUUGGUACAACAUAUUCAUGAAAGAUUUGAGGAUUAUCUACAGCUAAUAGUAGACAAAACACAGAAAAUAAUUCUAAAAAAAUUGAAAUUGAAAUUUAAUUAAAUCGAUACAAACGCAAUUUAUCGCGUGCUCUAACGCUUUAAAUGCGACGAAUAAAUGGGACGAAAGGACUUGUCUAUUAGGCUGAUGACCAAGGGUUACUUGGAGUGCAGACUUUUCUAAUAACACUAAUAGAGGAGGCAAAUACACGUCGGUAAAUGUUGUCGUUUGUUGACUGAACAAAUUGACAUGGAUAGCUAGAGGAAAAGUGAAAUUACAAAUUAAGAAGCUCGAUAAAUGUAUUUAAUCUCUAUUUCUUUAAAUGACGUAAAGUUCUUACAUAAUGCCGACUUCAUUACUGUAGAUAAGUCUUUAAAAGAAAAAAAGAUUAAAAAAUAUAAAUGUAAACGCGUUGAAUAAUUGAAAUAAAUAUAUUGACGACAAUAAUGUUUAUUAUCGAGGAAAUGUUACACCGCUUUUCUCUUUGGAAUAAUGUAAGAAAGUGUAGAAUUUUAAAUACCACGUAGUAAUUGAUUACUAAAUUACAAUUGUACAAUCCGUGUGUAAAAAAAAUUAUACAUAUUUUUUACAAUGUUUAUUUCGCCUACCUUCGAAGCCUAUCAUAGAUAACUGGAAUAACUUAUUUCGUGAGCAACAAUGUACGAGUGUUAAAUAACGCACAUUCUUCGUUCUGACAUAUUCAUAAAGAUACAUAUAUCGCAUUUUUUAUUAACAUAAAAACGUAUCGGUUUUAUUGGAGAGUCGUAAUCUUUCUUGGAGAGUGAUAGAAAGGUGAUAGAACAGAUAGUUUGCUUUUCGUAUCAUUACACCGUAGUUUUAAAUAAACUUAUUUAACAAUAUUAUGCUAAGAUAUCUUAUUAGUAUAUCUUAUUAUUAACACGUAUCAUCGCUGUCGAGAAAAAA